AGAGCGUGGACGCUGGGCGUUCCCAUGAGGAGUGGGGUGGGGUCACUUGGGGUUAUGGGCGCGGCCGUAGUGAGGGGCGGGGCAGCGCUGGUGACGAGAGGUCCCAACCGCCGUUUGCCGACCUGGCCGCCGCCAUCUUGUUAUCUUGUUCGUGAUGAAGAUUUUCCAUACUAGAAUUGGUCUGGUUGAAACAUUGUAAUCAAUGAGAUGUAAUUCAAGCUCCAUCCACUGACUAUGGACUGACAUGAAGGGCAAUCGGAACAGUGCAGAUCAAAACUCAGUCCAUAAAUGAGCUCCUCAUGCUAGCCAAGGUUCUCCCAACUAACGAUUCAAGAAAAUUAAUGCCGAAAAUACUUUUCUUAGAUCAAGCCAGGACAGUGGGGAGCAUUAAGAAGGACGUUGGGCAGCCAUGAUGUGGUGGAAAGUGUUCUCAGCUUGCCGUGUGUACUUGGCACCAUGUUUCAGAGUAAAAUCACAUUAUCAUUGUCGAAGUGAAGACACAGGAUUUCUUGGGGCUGUCGCUUUUUUAAAUGCUCUUUCCAGAAAUCCUUGUCGAUUUAUACAUGACAAAAUGACAGGAAUAAACUGUGUGACCUAUUGGCAAAAGAUAUUUGAAGAGAAUGGAAUAUCAGAGCCACAGCAAUCAAGUGAACACAUAAUAUCUCACGUACUUGGAGGAAAAACAAUUCACAACCUUACAGAAGAGGCCCUGUCACGUUCACUCACUACAGAGCAGAAGCAGAUGAUCUGGAAUUUGUGUUCGAAGCGCCUACACCACAUGCCUGUGCAGUAUGUGAUCGAGGAGUGGGACUUCUGUGCUCUGACGCUGAAAAUCAAGCCACCAGUUUUCAUUCCCAGACCGGAAACCGAGGAGUUAGUUAGUCUGGUGGUGUCAGAACUCGCUGAAGAAGAGGACGUUUUAUUUUCUGUGGAAAAUGCUGGUUGGCAGAACUCCCAUCGGGCUGCUCGCCCUCUGUUCCUGGAAAUCGGAUGUGGAUCCGGUGCCAUUGUUCUGAGCUUGCUGCAUUUCUUCAAACAAAGUUAUGCUGUGGCAGUGGAUAAGAGUGCAGAAGCUGUGAACCUCACUAGACAAAAUGCUGAGAGGUUGUGUGUGCAGCACAGGCUUCAAGCAUUGCAGCUCAAUGUUAUAUCAGAUUUCCAGAAGCUGACUCGGAUCUGUGGAUCAGUGGAUGUUAUUGUCAGUAACCCUCCAUAUGUGUUUCAUGAAGAUAUGUCUGGGCUAAUGCCUGAAAUCCUCAGGUAUGAAGACUGUGAUGCCUUGGAUGGUGGCACAGAUGGAUUGAAAAUCAUCAAAGCUAUUCUGCAGCUUGCGCCAACUGUUCUUAAGGAUCGUGGCAAGGUCUUCCUUGAGGUGGAUCCCAGACAUCCAGAAAUGAUACAAAAUUGGCUUCAGGCAUGUACUGGUUUGCAACUCACCUACAGGGCUACCCACCGUGACAUCUGCGGAAAGCUGCGUUUCUGUGAACUGCAGAGAAGUUGAACAAUUGAAGGACCAAGCCCUUACCCCAUCUUACUGAUAUUUAAUAGAAACUCAGAAUAUGUCUGCACUACUAUAGAACUUGUUUCUUAGCAACAUAUUAUGGAUCCAAAAUCUCUACUUGGAAGGAAGGGCAAAGUUUUGCAUCACAUCUAUUACUAUAAGCAACUUCUCAUUGAGAUCUCUGAUGUACAAAGGUACAAGCAUCUCUAGUUCUUCAGGGAGUGGAUUCUAGUCGAUCACUAACUCUGGCAGAAGAUUGGCUGGAAGCCUUUUUAGACAUAACCAGGAUUCAAGCUAAAGUGGAAGAAGUCAGUGGAGUUUCUCCAUGGAAGUUCCCCAUGACAAUCAGCUUUACUUUCUGUUCACAGAAUCAAAAAUUUUAAAGGGAGCAGCUAAACAGCUUGUACAUACGAAAAGCGUGUUGGUUACAGGUAGGCCCUGACUGAUCAAUGUGUUGCCACAGAAAAUGCACCAGGGCACUAUUGUCUCCAAAGCCUUUGUUUAAUUUGAAAAGGCACAAUACAUAUUGCUUUUCCCUGUAAAGGACUGGUUGCAGGAUAUUAAAAUGUGUCACUUCUAGCAGGCAUCAAUGGUGUUAUAUGGCAACCCCGACUAGUAAUCUUUAAUUGAUUGUUAGCUUAACCCUUAGCUACUUGGAAUUGUUCAAUAACUGCUGUCCAAAGACAGAAUCACAUCUAACAUUGUGUUCAAGUUUUGCAAGUAUGCGUUGGCUGAGUAUUAUCAAUGUGGUGCCUAUUGCAACAGCCGAAGGGACAUGUUAUUUGAUCCGCCAGUCAUUGGGAUAUACGGCCUAUGUUCCUGGCAUCGCACUGACACUAAAGCCUGGUGGACAUUGGCUCCCUUAUGCAUUCACCAUGGUAAUUUCCUGACCAACCUGGGCCUUCUUUCCAACCAGUCUACAGUCUUUCCUCAUGCAGUACAAAUUGUUGUUUCGUUUGAGGCUUGGUAUUCUUGAGUCUGUGCUGAUGAGUCUAAGACAAAAAGUUUCAGUAGUGCGUCUGCUUUUUUCAGCAGUAAUCAAGUUCUGUGCUACCAAACCACUACAAUCAUAGAACUAUACAGCACAGAAGAGAGCCAUUCACAACUGCACUGUCUCUUUGAAGAUGUAUCCAAUUUUGUUCUACUCUCAAAUUUGUCUCCAUUAUCAUGUAAAUUCAUACUCAUCAAGGUGCUUUUUGUAAGUUUCAGUGAAAAUCUGAUUCCAGCACCCUUUCAGAAAGCUCACUCCAGAUAUAACAGUCCUCAAUAUGAAAUAUUUCUUUUCAGUUUCUUUCCAGUUCUUUGGUCAAUAUAUUUAAAUCUAUAACUGAUGGUUUUCCAUUCACUUGUCAAUGAGUAUAGUAACCCUUCAGAAUUUCAAAAUCAAUCCAGUCGGAUUCCUUCUCUGCCCUAGGCAGACUAUCCCUGACUAUCCUCUCCACAUAACUGAAGCCCCUCACUUCUAGUAGCAUUCUGAUAAACAUACCUGUACCCUCUUCCAACCUUAACUUAAAUUGCCCACUAUACACCACAAUUGCACACAGUCCCAAUCUUCCUCCAGCUGGUUGCUACUAUUGGACAGGAAUAUUUCAUUUCUUUGAAAAGAAUCUUUUAAAAUAAUUCCAGAAACCAAGCCUUUAAUGCCCUCUCCUGAACUUGUGGAGCAUGUCCUUUUCAAGCCCUCUAUCAUCAGUGAAGCUCUCUUAGUCCUACUCCUUGACCGAAGCCAGAUUUUUCUCUGUUGGUAGCAAUACCUUGUUCAGUCAAGACACAUUCAAGGGUCUGAGUAAAGAAAUCAAGAUGCUGCCUUUCACAAGGGAUGUUAAAUGAGAUUUUCCCAAUUUUGGAGCAGUGUUGAAGUUCCUUUGAUACCCAGUUAGUUCAGGUAGCAGUUCAUCCACAAUCUUGUUAAAUGGCUGAGCAUGCUGGUCAGAUAGCCUGGUCCUAUUUAUUAUGUUUCUUACAACCCACUGUCACCAAAGAACUGUUUGCUGCUUGGGUGUGUUACUGUGUUCAAAUUGGCAACUGUAUUUGCCUACACAAUAAGUGACUGCAUUCUAAAUUUUAAAAAAGUAAUUCACGUGAAUGGCCAUGAUUCAUUUCUCAAGAGACAUAGUGAAGUAGUAUAACACAUUCACAACACACACACACACACACACACACACACACACACACACACACACAGUCUUAUUCCUUUUAAUACUAGACAGGAUGGGAGACUACAUCUCACAGCUGUCAAUUCAGAUGAGAAAGUUGAGAAAAAGCCUUUCUUUAAGAACAAUACACUUGGGGGAACUACACUGCACAAAAAAGUUCUUCACUAAAUAUGUGUAUUGGUAUGACAGAAAUUAAACCAUUACAGCGUCAUGGUUUAAUAAAUAUAAUUUUACCAGCAGAGACCCGCAAAGCAUUUGCGGUCAAAUUUGUUUCCUUAUUGCAACAGAACUUCUUUAAAUACAGGAAUUUCAGUCAUUAUUUCAGCAAAGACUUUAUCAGAACCAAAGUUUCUCACGCAGGAAAGAAGUUACAUGAGGCUGUUCAAACAGUCCUUAGAAAUUAAUUACAUACUUUGUCAAAAGUCUGACCUUGUGACUUUAUAGAACAUUAUCAUUGAAUUGGGAACU